AUGGGGGAGAUUGAAAAACACCCUCACCGCCCUACCGACGAAGUACUCGAGACGGUUAUGCUGGAGGCUGAAGCUAUCGUGAAUUCGCGACCUCUCACGUACAUUCCACUCGACAACGAAGGGACAGAUGCCCUCACCCCGAACCACUUCCUAUUGUACGGUAACCAAGGAAUAGUUCAACCGAGAUCGGCGACGCGACUCGAGGGCGCUACUCUACGGGAUAGCUGGAAACUCACGCAAUAUCUGGUGGACCAAUUCUGGAAACGCUGGGUACGGGAGUACCUACCCACCCUUACGAGACGUACAAAAUGGUUCCAACCCACCAAACCUCUGGAGGUAGGUGACGUAGUGCUGGUAGUCGACGAGAACAAGCGCAACGGAUGGAAAAGAGGACGCAUCAUCGAGGUUCAUCGAGGAAAAGACGAGCAAGUGCGGCGUGCUGUGGUGCAGACAAACGACGGCGUCCUCAAGCGACCAGCAACCAAGCUGGCUGUCCUGGACGUUCAGCAGGACCGGAAGACGGAUCCGGAAGCACACGGGAGGGGGAAUGUUGCAAACCGCUGUAACCAAGCAGAACGUAACGUGUGCUCCAGACGAUCCCCAACUCACGCUGAACUGUCACCGGAGAAGAGGGUCCACGGAAGCGCAGCAUAA